UUCUCUGUACCUGUAUAGUCCUAAAGGCCUGGGCCCUUUUCAUCUAUAACUACCAACUGCUCUGCUGCACUGAGGCCUCAAACACAGCUCUCCCUCCUAUGGCCAGGAUACCAUGGGCGGUGUCCAUGCUGUUACUGCUGGUGCUUUACUCUCCAGGGGCAUCCUCGGUCCCCGCCCAGCACUUGUGUGGCUCUCACCUGGUUGACGCCCUCUACUUCGUAUGCGGAGAACGGGGCUUCUUCUACAGUCCAAACCGACCCCACAAGCGGGACCUGGAACAUCUGCUCGGGUUCCUGUCCAAAAGAGCCAGACAGGAGCAACGGCUGUGGAAGGCUCUGUCUGGCCACAAGGAGCCCAAGGUGAAGAGAGGCAUUGUGGAACAGUGCUGCCACAAGCCAUGCAGCAUUUACCACCUGGAGGGCUACUGCGAAUGACUCGUCACUCCACGACUAGCACCACUCAUAGCUUGUAAAAAGUCAAUUUCUGGCCCAAUACUUGCUGGCUAUGUCUUAUCAACCGAAGGAAAUAAAGCUUCAUGACCCAUAACCCAGGGCCCCUCUCUGCAAAGAUGUGAAUUUGUGUUCUUUGUAGCUGGUAUAUAGUGUGGGUGGGUUAUAAUAGCUUUUUGCUGCGCUCCGACAUGUGGCUGCAGUCCUUGAGUGCUCUCUACUGGAUGAGG